AUGGAGUCUGCACCUAACGAAAAGCAUGAGACAAGUGUAGUGGAUGUGAAUUAUAGCUACGAUUAUGUAGAUUCUAAUGUAAGUUAAGGCGUUUUUUUGCUACCCUAGCCUUAGCUUUAGCUCUAACCCACAACCCCAACCCAGAGCCCUAGCCCAGAGCCCUAGCCCAGAACCCUAGCCCAGAGCCCUAGCCCAGAGCCCUAGCCCAGAGCCCUAGCCCAGAGCUCUAGCACAGAGCCCUAGCCCAAAGCCCUAGCCCAGAGCCUUAGCCCAGAGUCCUAGCCCAGAGCUAUAGCCCAGAGCCCUAGCCCAGAGUCCUAGCCCAGAGCCCUAGCCUCAAGCCCUAGUCUUUAGUCCUACUCCUACUUUCAGUUUUAGCCUCAGCACUCUAGAGCUCUAGCUCUAGUCUUAGUCUUUCUUUCUACAAUGAGAUUCUAAUGCAUAUAAAGCUAGUUUGAGCUCUAGCCCUAGUUAUGUAUACCUUUACAUUUCUCUAUAGCCUUAGUCAUAGCUCUAGUUUUAGCCCUAGCCUUGAUCUAGUGAAUUUAUAAACCUUUAAUUUAUAUACUUAAUUUUAGGUUCCAACUGGUGCAAUAUCAUUUGUAGGCAUCUUGAUAUCACUGUUUUACACUGGUGUAUUCUCGCAACUACGAUAUGACAACCUAUCAUAUCUUUUCUUUUUACUGUCUCUCAGUUAUUUAGCUUUAUACUUUGGAUACAAAUGUGAAAACUACUGUCUCUACUAUCCAAUAAUUAUUAUGUCAUUUAUAACACUACUAGUCACUGGUUAUUUUGUAUUUUUAGCUUUUGUAGAUCCAGAAUUACUGUACUAUUCAUUUACUAGACGACAAUAUACAGCUAACUUUAACAAUGACUAUGCUAUGAUAUUUGACUAUCUCGGUCCGUCAUUGAUUAUAUACGAUCUGUUGAUUGGGUUGUUCUUGUAUAAUAUUGUAUAUGAUUUUAUUGUGCUCAGAAGCAGGUACAAUGACAAUACGGUCUAUUUGUAGUAAUUUUUAUUUCUUUGACGUUUUCUUUUAAUUGAAUGGUAUUUAUUAAUGUAUAGUUAUUAUGUGAUAGCAAUAAAUAUUAUUUUAAAUUUUAAAAAUCCUUUACUGGCUUUAUGCCUUAGGCAAGGUAUGGUUAUGGAGAGUGAACCUGUUCAGGUUGUGGUUGGGGCUAAGGCUGAGGCUGACGCCAAGGAUGAGGAUGAGGCUGAGGCUGAGGCUGAGGCCGAGGCUGAAGCUAAGGCUAAAGCUGAGGUUAAAGCUGAGACUUAG